AAUCAACCAAUGAACAAUUGAUUGGCCUCAUAGCUUAGAACAUAGGUGGGUGGAGUAAACAGAACAGAAUGCUGGGGGGAAGAGGAAGUGAGCUCAGACUUGACAGCUCUGCUCUCUGGAGCAGAAAUGCCUUGCUCCGCUCUCCCAGGCAGACUCCAUAGCUCCUCUCAGAGACACACGAGAUGAAGCUCCGACCCAGGAUGGAUGUAGGCUAGAAUCUUCCCGGAACUCCAGCACCGGAGGAGCCGAGCAGCUUGCCUCAGAUAGUGUGCUCCCGUGAAUUCCUCCUCAGAAGACACCCCAGACAAACAGAUAAGUGAUGGGGGAGCUCUGAGAUAUCCCCUCCUGGGUGGCAGUUUUUCUUCCGCUCCUUCUUAUGCCCAAUCUCUGCAUGACAGACUCCUUACUUCCUUCAGGGUGGAGUCGUUCUUCUGAAUGACAGGGAUCCUAUGCCUUCCAAUGCCAUGGAUUUCCUAACAAUUUUCCUUUUGACUCCUCAGUUCCCUCCCACACUAAAACUGCUUAAAGAACCCACUGCGUUUAGCCUAGCCAAGCGAACUGCUUGUCCCCUGAAUCCUGCCCGCUCUUGCUGUUUGCUUACACUUUGAUGGAGAGCUCCAGCACCUGCCCAAGAUGGCUUGAGGACCGUCUUCCAUGAGGCCAAUCUUUCCUGUCCUUUGUUAGUUGGGAGCUACUGUCCCAGAAACAGAUUUAAGAAAAUACCCAAAAUGAAAUGGAUGAAUUCCUAAAACAGCCACAAACAGUGAUGUACGCUUCCCUGGUGGAUGGUUGAUCACAUGUUUAACCUCUCUGUAUUCAGUAAGAAGGCUCUUGGCCACAAAUGGAAAACUUUAUUAAUCUCUAUCAAUCUGUCCAAUCACUCAACUGGAGUAACCUUAGAAACACUUGUGACGGGGCUGGAGAGAUGGCUCAGCACUUAAGAACACUGACUGCUCUUCCAGAAGGUCCUGAGUUCAAUUCCCAGCAACCACAUGGUGGCUCACAACCAUCUGUGAAAUCUGGUGCCCUCUUCUGGCCUGCAGGCAUACAUGCAGACAGAAUACUCUAUACACAAUAAAUAAAUAAAUAAAUAAAUAAAUAAAUAAAAUUUAAAAGAAAAAGAAACACUCGUGACAAUCUGAUUUCAAAAGCAUCUUUCCUGCGGGUGUGGUGCACACUUCUUUAUUCCCAGCACUUGGGAGACAGAGGCAGGCGGAUCACCUUUGUGAGUUCAGAGCUGACACAGAGAGUGCCGGACAGCCACGGCUACAUAGAGAGACCCUGUUAGUUUCCCCGACAACCUCCUCCAUAUCUUGCCUAGUUACCAAAACAUCCUCCAGGGAGCUGAUAUGGCAAAAGCUUGGUCUCUUAUGCCCUGCCUCCCCUUCCUGUCAUGGCGCAUGUCCUCCUCCCCGUCACUCUUCUCCUUCCUCAGCUCCCUCUCUUCUCGAUAAACUUUUACAGUUCAUAUCUUCCAGAAGUCAACAAAUCCCAACUCCAGAUGGUUUUACAAGUGGACAGUGCCCUCCUGAUGCAGAAACACAGAAAACAGCUUCUGACCCAAAGGCCACUGUCUGGCUACCCACCCUGAGAUGGGGGUCUCCAAACCCAACAGCGCCCCAGUUCAGCAGGAAGUAGCUGGACUGAUUCCAACGCCCACCAAUCCCUUAGGCACCCCAUCCUCUCUUCUAUAGAAUCACCUUUCUGAUUCUCUUAGAUAUAGACAAAAAGGCUGGAAAAGUUCGAGAACCUGAGCCUUCAAGUUAUACAGGCCCCAAUGGAUAGGACUUCAAAUAAGGCAAGAGCACACUCAGCUUGCUUGCGUUCAUGCACAGACACCUGCCACCUAGAAGUCUGAGACUGACUACAUCAUGCUGAAUGAAUCCUGCAUUAGCCAAUCAUGCAUCCCCCACUCAGAGAAAGAGUGGCCUGUCAUGUAACCUAAGUCUUGGAUAUCCCAGUUCCCCACCUUGACCAUAUAGUAUAGUAGGUCACGUGUUUACUAAACCUGCCUCCUCAUGGUAUAAGGCCUCCCCCUUUCCCUGGAAACAUUAAGUAGAUGCUCUGUUUAAAACUCUCUGAGUACUGCCCUGUGAUGUUAAUAAAUCUCUCACUUGGAGGAUGAUUCAACUCAGUGUCUCUCUCUUGAACUCCCUCGCUUCUCCCUUCUCAGACCCUCACAAUUCAUCUCUUCGGCUGCUGACAACACUGAGCAUGUCCGUUACUUCUCUCAGAGUGAGCAGGAGGCCAAAAACUUAGCAGAAGUAGAAUUGCUAUGUAGAAAGAAAAACCGAGAAAAAGAAAGAAAUUAAGCCAUAAAAGCUUCCUUGUGCUUCAUCAUUUACUGAUUUGAAGUCUUUGUUUUGUUUUACUUUUUGUUGUGUUUUUGAAAUAGAGUCUUACUAUGGUGUUCCCGCUGACCUGGGACCACUCAUGCUUUUGGGUACUAGAUUAUGGGGCUGUGCCAUUACCACAACUGCCUUUUAAAAAAAGAUUUACUUUUAUUUUAUGUGUAUCAAUGUUUUGCCUGCAUUCAUGUAUGUACGCCACGUGUAUGCAUGUUGGAGCCUCUGGAACCAGGAUUAUGGACGGUUGUAAGCCACCGUGUGGGUAUUGGGAGUUUCAACAAGAAGCUCUCAGUAGGGUUUCUUUGUGUAGCACUGGCUGUCCUGAAACUAGCUCUUGUUGAGUAGGUUGACCUUGAACUCACAGAGAUCCUCCAGCCUCUGCCUCCUGAGUGCUGAGAUUAAAGGUGUGCACCACCACCACUGGCCACCUGGCUUUUUAAAGUGUUUGUGAUUAAUUUGAAUUUAGCUUUCUACCCAACCUUUUUUUAUUUUUGUGUCCUACCUAGGAAAUAUUUGCCUUCUCUGAGGUCACAAAGAUUUUCUUCUAUUUUGUUUGUUUGUUUAGUUGUUUGUUUGUUUGUUUGUUUGUUUUUUCUUAGAGAUUUAUGAUUCUGAGGUUUGUUUUGUUUUGUUUUUUGACGUAUAGUCCAUUUCUAAUUCAUUGCUGUGUACAACAGGAGCGAGUGAGCUGCCGAGAUUUGUUUUCCUUUCAUUUGGACAUCCAGCUUUCCCAACAUUGUUUGCUGAGAACUUUUCUCUCUGAAUUGCCUUAGAGCUUCUGUCCAGAGCAAACCUGUAAGCCACAUCUGUAAGCCAGAGGUUUCACAGAAAUGCUUACCAAACUACUCGGAACAAAGGAAGGGCCCCAGGGGUGUCGUUGGCCGCUUUCCUGAUGAGAGUGGUCUCACAUGGCUGAGAGUUACCAAUCGUUUAGCAAUCAGUCCACCCAGGCCCUGAGACUCUGCCAGCUCCAUAGGACAAUGCAGGUCAGCUUCAGCACACUGCAGUCUGCAAAGACCCACGUCUGCGCUCUCCUUCCCCGUCCCCAUUCAUACGCCCAUGAGGCUGCCUCAUGUGGGCAACACAUUUGUCUGCCAUAGCCGUCUAAGGUUUGAAAUCAGGUGUCAUAAAUCCUCAAAAUUGUUUUUGUCAAUUUCUUUUCAUAUUAUAUAUAAUACACACACACUCAUUAAAAUCAGCUUGCCAUUUUCUACAAGGAACUCUGCUAGGAUAUUGAUAAUGGUCACUUUAAUUUAUAGACCAAUCUCUAGGUAAUCAUCUUACCAAUAUUGAAUCUAUUUAUAACAGCUCUUUUGUUUCCCUCUGCAAUUGUUACUGUUGUGUAUUACAAGCACAGCAUGUGAGAAUUCUGGCUGUUGCACGUCGUGUGAUUUCCAGGAACCUUCUUGGAACCUUUCAUUCUUCUAGCAGCUUCUUGUUAGAUCCCUGAGGAAUUGAACUCAUUUCCAGUUUCCAUUUUCAGUUACCUAUCCUCACGGGCUGUGCCUGCUGCGAGCGUGGGCCUUCUUUGUUUGAGACCACUUACCAGGUGCACAGGAACUGCAAGCUGCAAGCAGCCGGCGACCAGACGUCCAUGGCAGCGAUUGCGGCAAGCCACUUCCUUACUUCCUUAAUGAGGGCUCCUGGCACCUUGACACCCGCCAUUCCAGCUGUUACGCAUGCCAGAUCCUUCCAUGCAUGAGAGAGAGAGAGAAAGAGAGAGAGAGAGAGAGAGAGAGAGAGAGAGAGAGAGAGAGAGAGAGAAGGAAUCCUUUCCUUGUGUAGAGUACUACUAAAUCAUUCUACUCAAACGGCUUACCGAGUUUGUUAGAUGUUAGGGGAUAAGAGAAAUAAAUCCUCAGUGAUCAGAGCACUGGCAUUCCCUGGCCACACCUCCCUUCUGCCGCUCACACAAAAGCCCUGAGAGAUGCAUGCCAGCAUGCUCCCAGGCUCAGGUCCGAAAACUCCCCUCUGACCCAGCCGUUUCUGCAGGAAUCAAUCUUCCUUUCCCUCUAAAGAACAAAGGCUUUCCAAGCUGCUCCAACCCUGGCCCAGGGUCGUCCUCUUCCUUUAAAUCUACAAAUCCUGCUUCCUGAACCACCUCCUGACGAUAGCUUGGCAGCUGACAGUGUCUCUCUGCUGCCUGUGCCAGGGUUCAUGACCGAGCUGCUUCCUUUCGAGAAGGACAUGUUCAUUUAGCAAAUGCAGACAAGACUUCUGAACAGAGCCUUGCUAUGUUUCCAUGGCAACAUAAAUUACUUAUGAAAAUCUGUAGGAAGAUUUGGGACCAUUACCAGUUAAGUACGGUCUCCUUUCUGAAUAAAGCACUGGGAAAUGUUGAAAACUUUAUUGUGCAGAGGCUAGGGGACAAAAUUUGAUUUCCCGAGGAUUUGGGUACAGAAUAAAUAAAUCUGAGGCCUGUGGGGGAGAGAAACAAAAGUUUUACAUGAUGUAAUUGGCAGCAGUCCAUUAUUCCAAGUCCCCACCAUGGUGAGGAACACGCAGCUUUCCAUCACAGCAGGAGAACUUGUUUCUUAUACAAUCCUGUUUCAUUGUUACUCUAAUUGUCAGUUCUGUUUAAACUGGAAACAAAACAGUGGUUUCUAUCCUAUUCCGUCACAGACCACACUCCCCCCCCCCCCCCCCCCCCCCCCCCCCCCCCCCCCCCCCCCCCCCCCCCCCCCCCCCCCCCCCCCCCCCCCCGUGCCCCAGCCGCUGCCCCACCCCACCCCUUUUGGGACCCCGCUCUUCAGUGGCAGGGCUCUCACAGCUGUCUGUAGUCUGCCUCUCUGUAAUUGCUCCUUCAGUCUCUGCCCUUGAGUCAGUACAGCCGAUGUGCUUAGAGGGACAGGGCUUUACUAAGAGAACGCACGUCUGUGUAGAGUGGGCUCAGCAUCGGAGGCUCAGUUCAUCAGCUGGUCGCUGAAGGCUGCUUUGUGCAGUCUGACUGGAAACUUGCUCAGCAGUAAGCCUGCUCCCGAAGCAGAGGUCAGAAAUGUAACAAUGACUGAAUACAUAUCUGAUUGUGACUGUUUUCAUUUCCCCAUCUGAUAGGAAUGCUGGGGAGGCAGAAGCUGAUCUCAAGCCUGGAACACAAAGCACCGGAAAUAAUUUUUCUUAAAUAAACAACUUUAAUGAAAACCAAAUGUAUUUAUUAUCUAAUUAUCCACCACAGGCUUUCUGAUUCUGACAGGAACCGGCCUGCAUUGAGCCAGGCUUCACAAAUGGCCAGAGGACUAGAGUUGAGAGGACUAUGCCUCCUCCCCUUUUCCAUCUCUUUCUUUCUCACUAGUAGCCUCAGCUGUCCUUGAACUCACUACAGAGACUAGGUUGGCCCUGAACGCGAGGAUCCGCCCACCUCUGCCUCCAUUGUGCUGUUUAAAGGCACCAUUACACCGAGCCUAUGGAUUUCUUUCUGAAGAUCCCCUCUCUGUUCUGGCUCAGGCUCAGUAGUAGUGUCUGUGUGUUUAGCUUGGCUUGCAGGUAACAACUUUCCCGUGACAACCUGUGUGGUUGUCUACAGCUGUUCAGUCCCAGACUACAGGACUGAGGAAGACUUAACCUGUGACGUGUACCAAGCCAGUCAGCAGCAGGGAGGGGCAUCAGGACUCCAAUGUUGUGAUCCAUUGGUCCAGGGAAAGGCUGUGCUGAGGGCAGGUGGGGGGCAUAAGUCUAGACAGGAGGUGAAGGCAGACUUCUGUAUGUGUCUGAAAACCAGAUCAAACCCAGAAGCCACACUUUAGUGGCUGAUCUGAAUGUACCUAGCAGCCGCCCAAAGCCCAGGAAACUUGCCCCCAAGUUGGCAAACUGUCUCUGUGAUUAGAGUUGGGGGCCUGGCCUGACCUCUUCUCAGUAAGUCUUCCCAGCACAAAGAGCCUCAUUAGAAGAGAAGUCUAAAGAGAGCUCAGUAGCGGUCGCAGGAAAUGGAGUUUAGGCUUAGAGCUACAGCUGGGUCUGAUACGGGAUGCUCUCUUAAAAGCUCAUCCGAUGUACCAAGGAUGUUAAAGAUUGGGGGUGACCUAGCUUCUCUCAAAGGGCCACUUCCCAAGCUUGAUACAAGAGACUCCCCAGCCACGGGAUCUGUGAGGAAACACAGAAUGCUUCCAGGACACUCUUGGAGGGACAAAGAAACAGUGCUUAGGGGCUAUGCUCGUGUCUCUGAGACCUGGUUCUGGAAGCUUCAUGGCUGAGGAGGCUGGAUCUUACCACGUCGAUAGCAGGAGAUCCAGGCCUGUAUCCUAGGUCUGUGUAGCAGGCAGGGCUCUGUCUGAAGGGGAGGAGUCUCUAGAAUCUUCCACACUACCCUGGACCAACAGCACUGACCUGCAUGGAGCGCCAUGCUGACGUGGGAGUCAGGUCAUGGGGACCCGGGUGAAACUAAGGCAGGUGGCGAGGGAGGAGACAGAGACCCCCAAAGACCCUUGACUCCCAGGGGCUGGGGUGCCACUGAAGGAACAGGAAGCUCCCAACUGUCAUUCCUUAUCUUCCUCUCCUCGUUUCCCCAUCUACACAAGGACACAACCACCCAUACGCCAGACUCCUGGCAUCUCCCGGUCUCCUCCCACAACCCAUGUUCAUUUGUGCCCCUGACCCAGGGUCCCUUCUCUGUCCCUGCGCCCGCCUCUCUCUGGAUCAGUCUCUAUAUUCCUUUCUGGUUUGCCGCUGUCUCCUGCCGGGCCGUCAGUAGCCAUUUCUCUCCACUGUCUCUUACCCACACCUCUGCCUCAGUUCUUUUCCAGAAAUCUGGCUAUAUUGUUGGCUUGAAACUCCAGGCAAAGUCAUGUUACAGAGAAGAGCUUCAGCCUAGCAUGGCCAGCAGGCUCUCCAUGAUUGUUAUAGUAGAAAUACCUGGGUGAGCCGUGCAAUCUUCCUGGAGCUGCUCCCUGCUCCCUCCUCUCCCUCCCAUCCUCCUGAUGGAGUUGAUGGCCAGCUCCAUCCCUCUCUGACUCUGGUCCAGAUACCAAAUGCUUCCAGGCUGGAGCAGGAGCUCCACCAUGCUCCUACUCCCUCCUCUUUCAGGGCUCCGUCUUGCCCUGUAGUAACCUCAAAUUCCUCUGCCUAACGCACUUAAGUUCCUUCAGCAUCUGUUUUUACUCGUCUGAGUUCCGCAGUGUUCGGUAUCUCCCCAGGCACUGGGCAAAAGAAUCUGAGUGAAUGAACAAUUGUGGGUGGGAAAUGGCGGGAAGACCAGAGAACCUCGGUGCGGCAAUGCUGAGCCUGAGGAGCCUACGAGAUGUCCGGAUGAAGGCCCAGGCUGCACCAGAACAGUGGGCCUGGAGCUCUGACAGGGGUCUCCCAGAGACAGUGGUCUCUCCACAGAGGAGCCGAUUAUCUAGAGAAAUUCAGAGAGCAGAUGGAAAGUGGCUCCAGUAAUGAACAGGGGAGGUCGGAGCUCGUCAGGACCUAGUCUAGCCAGAUACUCUCGUCUUACAAACGAGAAAACAAAGGCCCAAGGCAGGAGGGCUGAUCAGCAGGUAUAGGUGAAGCUAAAUGGGCGCACAGGGCUUCAUGUACAGCUCUGUGUGUGGUCCCCUGGCCUCCAGCACACUGGGCUUCACCGUACAGCGCUGUGCUCAGUCCCCUGGCCUCCAGCGCACUGGGCUCCAUCAUACAGUGCUGUGCAUGGUCCCCUGGCCUCCAUGUUUGCAGUUCUCAUCUCUGAGACCUAAGAAAAGGAAUCACAGAGGGUGAGAGAGGCCUUGGAACAACACAGCUCCACAACCGUCCACACUAAACCCUUCUUCCAAGCACAGCUGUCUAUAACACCCGCCCCCUCCAAGGGACAACAGACUAAGGCCUCUUGAACCCAGAGCUGCUGCCCAGAUGCUCCUGCCCUCAAAGUGGAGGAUUGUUUGAGCCUUCAGCACCUACAGUUUUGAACUUGGUGGGCCACCUACUUUCCAUCCUUAUGGCAGAUUAGAAAGAGCCAAGUAGCCAGGCUGAAUGGGUGCAGGUCUGUCGCCUCAGCUACUGAGGCGGCAGGGGCAGGAUAGUUCACAGCCAGCUUGAGCAACAGUAAAUUCAAAUCUUGGGCAAUAUAAUGAGAUAAAAUUAAGAAGAGGGCUGGGAAUAUAGUUGAGCUAGAGAGCGCCUGCCUGCCUAGCACACGGGAGUCCUUAGGUUCAGUACCAGAACCACAAAAACAACAAAGUCAGAUGAGAGGAAACCAUGUGAUUGCGAGAGUAGAAACACUCAUGGGGGGAGGUGGACGUGUCACACAAGGGACAGAAUAAUAGCCAUUUGCACCCAUAUGGUGGCCAUCCUAACCACACACAGCCAGCACAAGUCCUGGCUAUUCUCCGAAUGAUGUGGGGGACAUGCUCUACACUAAGACACGUCGCUGAGAUUCCAGUCCAAAGUGACCAGGUUGCUGCUGGUCUGGCACCAUAAGAGGCAAGCAUGGGAGGGGUCACCCUGAAGGGUCUGGACAGUAAAGGUUCCUCACCGUGAGAAGUGGGGAGAGAAGGGCUGGAGGCUCCUGCCUCUCAUACCCUCAUACUCUCAUACUCAGGCCCUGGGCUGAUCUCCACCACCACACAGCAAGCAUCAAGGGGGCCUUGGUAUUUGCUGCAAGGCUGCAGGGCACCGGUCUCCACCGAGUCCGAAGCUCUUUAGCCUCGCAUAUGAGGCAUCCCAUGCUCACUGAGCUCCCAAAGCGUGAACAGGGCAGGGUGUCUCAGCCCUCUUUAGAGACUGGGCUGGGCAUAUAAGACCUGAAGGUGCGAAUAACUGUCCUGGGUCCCCAGAGUCUAGGCCUGGGAAGGACCCUGAGCUCUCCCUCUGAGAUCCAUACCUGGGACAGUCCUGAGAGAAGGAAAUCUGUUGGUCCUCAUGACAACAGUGGUACCACCUCCUGGCCCUACUUCAGCGAGAGCCGCAAGAGUGGAUCAGGAGCCAGAUUCCUGUGUGGCCGGGGCGGGGACAUCUCCCUGCCCUGUGAUGUUUCUCAUCACUGAUGCUUUCUUUGACUCACAGGAAUGAAUUCAGAGCAUGGACAGACAUCAAGCCUGUGAAGCCAAUUAAAGCCAAGCCCCAGUACAAACCCCCAGAUGACAAGAUGGUUCACGAGACCAGCUACAGCGCCCAGUUCAAAGGGGAGGCCAGUAAGCCCACUGCUGCUGAUAACAAGGCCAUGGAACGCAGAAGAAUACGAAGCCUCUACAGCGAGCCUUUCAAGGAAUCCCCGAAGGUAGAGAAACCUAGUGUUCAGAGUUCCAAACCAAAAAAGACCUCAACGAGCCAUAAGCCCCUGAGGAAGGCCAAAGACAAGCAGGCGGUAUCAGGCCAAGCCGCCAAGAAAAAGACGGCAGAGGGCCCCAGUGCCACCAAGCCCGACGACAAGGAGCAGAGCAAAGAGAUGAACAAUAAACUGGCUGAGGCGAAAGAGAGCCGGGUCCAACCCGCCAGUGAUGCACAGAAUCGAGGUCCUGUAGCCAAAGAACCCCACAAGGAUCAAGGUCCUGUGGUCCCAGGGCUUUCGAAAGGCCAAGGUCCUGUGGUCCAAGAGCCGCUGAAGGACCAAGGCCCCAUGGUGCCAGAACUCUCAAAGGAUCACGGUCCCGUGGCCCCCGGGUCCAUAAAGGAUCAAGGCCCUCCACCCCUGGGCCCUCCAAAGGAUCAAGGUGCUGUACUCCCAGGGCCCAUGAAGGAUCUGGGUCCGGUGGCCCCAGCACCAGUCAAGGAUCAAGACCAGGUGGCAUCCGAGCCUUUAAAGAACAAAGGUUCUGUCAUUUUAGCACCAGCCGAAGCCCAAAGCCCAUUGCUGCCGGAGCCGCUGAAGAACCAGAGUCCCGUGGUUCCAGCCAGAGCGAAGGAUCAAAGCUCCCCAACACCAGCACUUCUCAAGGACACGGGUCCUGUGGCCCCUGAACAUGGGAAAGAGGGAACUCCCGUGGUCCCCGAGCGUAGAAAGGACCAGAAUGCCACAGUCACGGCGCCUUUGAAGAAUGAAGCCCCUGUGGUCUCUGAGUCCAUGAAGAAGCAAGGCUUAGCUGACCCAGAGCCAGUCAAAGGUAUAGGUACAGAUACCGUGGUCCCCGGGCAGAUGAAGGGCUAUGAUUCCGUGUUCAUAACACCUGUAAAGAGCCAAGGUCCAGCGGCCCCUGAGCCAGUGAAGAGCCAAGACCCCAUUAUCCCAACACUAGCCAAGGAUCAAGGUCCCAUGGUCCCAGAACCUCCAAAGAAUCAAAGCCCUGUGGUCCUUGGUCCUGUAAAGAGCCAAGACCCUCUUUUCCCAGUACCUCUGAAGGGUCAGGAUCCCCUGGUGCCAGCCCCAACAAUGGACCAAGGUCCUGCGGCCCCUGACCCUCUGAAGAUUCAAGGUCCCAGAGGCCCUCAGCUGUCCACGGUGUCACCUUCACCCCCAGUCAUGAUCCCAACCGUUCCCCAUGCAGAAUAUUUUGAGGGAUCCCCUUGAUUCCCCUGAAAUGCCAUGAAGGAGCAGGCCAUGGAAGAGCUCCCCUCCUGGGGAGGCAAAGACAUAUAUUUAUUCUGCAUGAAACCGUGCUGUCUAGUCUUGCUGGAAUCUAAUAAAACCGGUCCCUCUG